AUGAAAAUAGAUACAAAUGCGACCGAUCGUUUAAUUACUCCACGAGAACUUUAUCUUGAUGAUGAAACUGAUAUUAUAACUGCUACUAGUCAAGGAUUAAAUCAACCACAAAGUAUUUAUAUUGAUAGUUCAACGGAUGGUAUGUAUAUACUUGAUUUUGGUUCGAACGAUACAAUAGUUUUGGAUCAUUACGAAUUUCAUUAUCGUGUUCAAUUGUGA